CCACCCCGAUAGCCUCCCACUGUCCGUUUCUUGUCCAAGAACUUCCCCUGAAGCGUGGUUUCAAUUUUAUGGAAAGCCUUUGAAAUUUGGCACAGUUUCCAAAAGUAUGUAGGAAAAAAAAAGUCUACCAGAGGUUUGGCCUCCAACUGUGAAAACAGACACUGCCUUUUCGAACUCCUCUCCCAGAUCUACUGACCAACACCCAGAAGAGAGAAUUUACAUUCUUUUAGAAUACGACAGGAAAAUGAAGACCCGGCUAAAAAUCAUAGUUGGUGUGGUUAUAUGCCUUUUGCUUUCCUUAUUACUUAUGUGUAUUAUACUGCUUCCAUCAAGAGUUGUCAACACAGAUGAUGGUCCUAGAGCUCUUACCUUGGAGGAUUAUUUGAAUGGAAAUUUCCAAUAUAAAACAUUUUUUCCAUAUUGGGUGUCAGAUAACGAGUAUCUUCAUCAGUCUCCAGAGGAUGAUAUUAUUCUUUACAAUGUUGAAAUUAAUUAUGCAACCACCAUCCUGACAAACAGCACAAUGAAACAAGUUAAUGCUUCAAAUUAUGUGAUGUCAUCAGACCAAUAUUUCAUAGCUCUGGAAAGCAAUUAUUCAAAGCUGUGGAGAUACUCUUAUACAGCAUCAUAUCACAUUUAUGAUCUCAUAAAUGGUGGUUUUGUAACAGAAAAUCAGCUUCCACAUAAAAUUCAGUAUAUAUCCUGGUCACCCGUUGGACACAAAUUGGUAUAUGUAUAUCAGAAUAAUAUCUAUUUGAAACGAAGUCCUAGAGAGGCACCAGUUAAAAUAACUAGUGAUGGAAAACAGAAUGAAAUAUUUAAUGGGAUUCCUGACUGGGUCUAUGAAGAGGAGAUGUUAGCAACAAAAUAUGCACUGUGGUGGUCUCCAAGUGGAAGAUAUUUAGCAUAUGUACAAUUUAAUGAUUCUGACAUACCAGUUAUUGAAUAUUCAUAUUUUGGGGAGGACCAGUAUCCUAGAAAAAUAACUAUCCCAUACCCAAAGGCUGGAGCUAAAAAUCCUACUGUUAAAGUGUUUAUUGUAGACACUAUUUACUCUGAAGCAUUUGGUCCUAAGGAGGUGCCAGUUCCUGCAAUCAUAGCAUCCAGUGAUCACUAUUUUACUUGGCUUACUUGGGUAACAGAUACUCGAAUCUGUGUGCAGUGGCUGAAGAGAAUACAGAAUUUUUCAGUCUUAGCUAUUUGUGACUUCAAAGAGCAUUCAAAUACUUGGGACUGUCCAGAGAAUCAACAGCACAUAGAAGAGAGUCAAACAGGAUGGGCAGGCGGAUUCUUUGUUUCUGCACCAUAUUUUACAUCAGACAGCAGUUCAUACUACAAAAUUUUUAGUGACAAGAAUGGUUAUAAGCAUAUUCAUUACAUCAAUGGCUCUGUGGAGAAUGCAAUCCAAGUUACAAGUGGAGAAUGGGAGGCAAUAUACAUUUUCAGAGUAACAAAUGAUGCAAUUUUUUAUUCAAGCAAUGAAUUUGAAGGCUAUCCAGGAAGAAGGAAUAUUUACAAAAUCAGCAUUGGAAGUAAACCUAUGAGAAAGCAAUGCAUUACUUGCAAUUUAAGGAAAGAGAGAUGCCAGUAUUAUACAGCAAGAUUCAGUGAACAUUCAAAGUACUAUGCCUUGAUCUGUUAUGGUCCUGGGAUUCCCAUUUCUACUCUUUUUGAGAACCGUGGUGAUAGAGAGCUCAGAGUAUUGGAAGACAAUUGGGAAUUGCAGUCUGCUUUGCAAGAUAUCAGACUGCCAAAAGAAGAAAUUAAUAAGCUUGAAGUGGAUGGUUUAACUUUGUGGUACAAAAUGCUUCUACCUCCACAGUUUGAUAGAUCCAAGAAGUACCCUCUGCUUAUUCAGGUGUAUGGAGGACCUUGCAGUCAGAAUGUAAAGGAAACCUUUAGCAUUAGCUGGAUAACCUAUCUUGCAAGCAAAGAGGGAAUAAUUGUUGCUCUGGUGGAUGGCAGAGGGACAGCUUAUCAAGGUGACAAGAUUUUACAUGCCGUGUAUCGAAGACUUGGAGUCUAUGAAGUUGAGGACCAAAUCUCAGCAGUUAAAAAAUUUAUAGAAAUGGGCUUUAUUGAUGAGAAACGAAUAGCAAUAUGGGGCUGGUCCUAUGGUGGCUAUGUAACUUCUUUGGCACUUGGAUCUGGUAGUGGAGUAUUUAAAUGUGGAAUGGCUGUGGCUCCUGUUUCCAGCUGGGAAUAUUAUGCAUCGAUCUACACAGAACGAUUUAUGGGUCUUCCUAUACAGUCUGAUAAUCUUGAGCACUAUAAGAAUUCAACUGUGAUGGCAAGAGCAAAGAAUUUCCAAAAUGUAGAGUAUCUUCUCAUCCAUGGAACAGCAGAUGAUAAUGUACAUUUUCAGAACUCAGCACAAAUUGCAAAAGCUCUGGUUAAUGCACAGGUGGAUUUCCAGGCAAUGUGGUAUACUGAUCAGAACCAUGGAAUUCCAGGCCUUUCCAGCAAACAUCUGUACACACAUAUGACCCACUUCCUCAAACAAUGCUUUUCUCUGUCAGAAUAAGCAGGCUACGCAGAGCAUGCUAAGGCAUCUGAGACAUCUUUGGGAGAAUGAAAAGACAGCAGUGCCCAAGUUGUAUAGUGUUCAGGUGAAUUAAUCACAGGAAGUUUGAAAUUUUAAACUUGAUGUUUACAUCCACUUUUGAUAUUGUGUAUUAGCAAAUCUUAUGGUAACAAAUGUUUUGUCACAUUUGAUACCUGUUUGACAGAAAAAAUAAAAUCUGAAUGUAAAGGGU